AUGUCCACAAACAAUCCAUCAUUGGAAACCAUUAAUUCUAACAAUUUAUUCUUUCAAGAAUUUCUGCAGAAAAUGGAGGAAGGAAAUAAUUUACAACGUAAAUUAUUGGCAACACAACAGGAAAUUCUCUGUGCUGUUAAAGAGAAUAACGAUUUGCAAGUACAAGUAUUGGAAAGGUUAUCUAAAAGUAAAAAGGAAAAACGAAAGGUUUCAUCCGAUUUAACAAUAAUGAAUGCUGAUGAUCAAUUUGAUGAUUCAGUAUCAACCAACUCUAAUUCUACCACUAUUUCUCAUAGUACAACAACUGAAAGAGAACGAAAAAAGAGUAAGAAAAAUGUUCAAUGUUCAGAGGACGAAAUAUGCAUUAUUUAUGAAGGAAGUUCGAAUCAUUCACUAAUUAUUCGAAAGGAAUUAUUGAAAGGACCUGUUUUGAGAGCUGCAAUUUCUGGUAAUUUCUUGGAGGAAAGUAAUUUCAUUCUGCCAAGUGAUUCGAUCAAACUUUCGAAUAUUCCCAAAGCAAUGAAACAAUUGAAGAAAUUCUUUCAUGAUGAAAAACUAGACAAGUGCAAUGAAGAAACAAAAAAGGAUUUGCAGAAUUUGGCUGAUUUUCUUGUCCUCCCAGAACUCAAACUUGAAUUACUGAAAUAUCAAAUUUGUGAUAUUCCAAUUCUUAAAACAAACAAAAAGAAAGGUGAACACAAGAAUUAUUCACAAGUUUUGGAAAAGAUUGAAGAAAUUUCAACUCAACUUCCUGGAAUUUUAAUUGAUUUGGAGUCUGAUGGCAUGUUAUCGGUAUUGGAAUCAUUUCAUGAAUUUCUUAAAAGUGAUGAAAAAAGAGCAGAAACUUUCGCAAGCGUUUGUGAAAUAGUUUGGGACAAGAAGUACGCAAAUAGAGGAAUACUCUCGAUCAUAUUGAAAGGAUGUAAGUCAUUGGAUGCUUUGAAAUAUUAUCUAUUGGAAGAAUGUGCAACUAAUAAGGAUCUUUACAAUAUUGAUGAGGAAAAGGUUCAAUUAUUGAGCAAGUCCAUUAGUGAGAAGUGGCAACAUCUUUUACCUACUAUUCACGAAAGUUUUUUGAAAGAUUCAUUCAUCUAA